AUGGCGAGGAUCGAAGCCCGUGAACCAGCCGGGCGAGUUAAUAAGUGCAUGGCUGAAGCCACAGAUCUCACCGUUGACCAGGUGCGGUUCAGGAGGAGGAAGCCCGAGUAUCAGAGAUAUCUCGAGCUCGCCCGGAAGCAAUUCCGGGCCUCUGGUACUCGGAUUUUACCAGCAAAAUCUUCUUCCCCCGCCGCAUCUACUAGCGGAUCCUCCGUGGUGUGCCAGACGCCCGUGCCCGAGGGAAAGGACAAACUUAAACAACCAGCCUCCUGCGAAACGAGCCUCUUCGCAGGACAUGGAGUCUCCUCUGCUCAGAAGGUAUCAGCAAGGCAGCAAGAAGCGGAUGAGGGAGAGUUGCUCACCGCACGACCUCAACCCCGCCAAGAGGAAGACGGCUGGAGUAGGGACGGAUGUAGGCAGGAAUACGAGCUCUAUUAG